AUGACGAUGCCGACGCUCCGCAGGGACUCCUCCGAGAGGGCCGGCGCCUCGCGCGGCGGCGGCGGUGGGGGCGGCGGCGGCGGUGGUGGCGCCGCGGAGCCGCCGCGCGGCCCUCCGUGGCCUUGCAGGGGCCACUGGUGCCCGUCCCCGGCGCCCUGCGGCCGCCCGCUCUGCCCCAGGAACGCCAACAGGUGCCCGGGCGGCGGCGACCACGUGCCGCGCGCCGGCGCGGGCUGCGGGGCGGCGGCGGCGUUGCUGUGUGCGGAGCGCGCCAGGGGCGGUCCGGACUGCUUCGCGUGCCCCGGCGGCGGCGCUGGGUGCGCGCUGCUCCGCGACGACGGCGCUGCAGGCGCGCCGCUGUCAAGCACGAUCUCCGAGGCCCACGUGCGGCCGCUUUGCGGCGUGGACGGCGCGGUCACGGGGAGGAAGUUGUGGUUGCUAUCGCCGCUCUGCGACGGCGCGGUGUUGCGCGGCGGCGGCGGCGGCGGCGGCGGCGGCGGCACGGCCGGGAACGCCGCCGGGCGCACGGGGUGCGCGCGCCGCGCGGCGGCGCCGGGUGCGCGGCCGCGGGCGUCGCCGGAGCGUGCUGCCCGAUGUGUGGGGGGACGAGGUCGAUCUGGUGAUGGCUCACCGACCGGCGCAUGUUGGUGGUUGUUGCGUCAGCGGGGACAGGGUGUGUGGCCGGCUGCGGGGCGCCCAGUGGCUGCCCGGCGCCGUGCGGACCCGCGCGCCCGGCACCGAUCGUGA